AUCAAGCAAAGGAUCUGUGUUGAUAGGUACCCGGACUCAUCAGUAUUGGUUCCAGUCGGCAGCCAAUGUGUUCCUCUUUCACAUGACGGCACAUGGUAUCUAGAAAACACCGAAGAUCGCUGUUUACCGACCCAACACUAUGGCUUUGGCCGGGAGAAGCCGGCUAAUUCUCGGCCUAGUUUUUCUGUGGAGCACGGCGUCUUUACUGAGUGUCGGUGAUGCUUGGCGACACUGGCAUCCAAGUUACUCAGACCCGGACGAAGCGUAUGACGUAAAGAGAAAUGUCAUUCAACCCGUGGUGAAAAAGAGUGCGCAAUUAGCUUCAUACAAAGAUGGCGCGCAUCCCCGUUAUAGAAGGAAUACUCUGCCGAUCAGCUACAGAAGCCUCACAUCAGGCCAGCAAGGCCCAAGCGUUGCACCUCACUGCACUGCCUGGUCUCAGUCACACUUCCGAACAUUUGAUGGGAAGACCUUUAAUUUCCACGGUGCCUGCCAAUACACGCUGGUCCUGGACUGUUCAUCUUUCACCUUCCGUAUCUCCAUUAAGAAUGACAUGGAGUGUUUCACACCAGGUACCGGUGUCUCAUGCAACCGAACUGUAGAGAUUCAUAACGGUGAUGCUGCAUCGCCAAUCUACCUGAGGCCUGGGCUGGUGGUGGGGCAUGAGUUGUCCAGUCUUGAUCUCCCGACCUCACUCGAUGGCCUGGUAAUAGAGAAGGUUGGCGAUAGUAUCAUGGUCACCAGUGGGCUUGGUUACAAGCUGCUGUAUGAUGGUGAUGAGAGUGUUACCGUCUACAUCACCUCAGAUAACCUGAGACAGCAAACCUGUGGCUUGUGUGGAGUUUACAAUGACGAUCCAUCUGAUGACUUCAAGGGACCGUUUGGAACAUACGACAAUGCCUAUGACUUUGGUCUCUCUUGGAAAGAAGAUGGUGAUUGUGAAGACAUCCCAAGGCCAAGUGUCUUGUGCACAGAGAUUUUUAUUCCACCUCAUCUAGUUCACCAGUACAAGGGCUUCAUUGACCUUUCCAAUUUUGUAAAAGCAACCUGCAAGGCACUAGAGGAUGAACCAUCCUUCGCGAGUUGUCAUUCGAUUAUUAAUGUCAAUCCUUACAUUGAAGCCUGCCAGAGGGAUGUGUGCAAUUGUCAGAAUGGCCAAGAUGAGUGUGCGUGCAACAGCCUGACAGCGUAUGCUGCAGAAUGUGCACGAUACGGUGUCAAGUUAGACUGGAGAAACAAUGAUCUGUGUCCUUGGACCUGUCCAUCAGGGACUGUCUAUCAGAACUGUGGAACUACCUGCACCCAGACGUGCGGCUCAGCAGCAAGCGACUGUGAAGAAGAUCAUUCUGUUGGCUGUAUUGAGGGUUGUCGUUGCCCUUCCGACCGCUUUCAAAACAGUGAUGGUCAGUGUGUGAAGGAAGAAGACUGUCCGUGCAUUAGUAAUGGAGUGGAAUAUGAAACGGGAUCAACGAUAUCUGAUGGCUGUAAUGAAUGCUUUUGUAACAGUGGCAAAUGGACAUGCACCAAUAAAAUCUGUGAAACUUUGUGUUGGGCUUCUGGUGAUCCUCAUUACAAGACCUUUGAUGACACCCACUAUGGCUUCAUGGGAGCAUGUACAUACUACCUGGUCAAAGACUGCUGGAAUGAUGACGACAAGUUUGAGAUCAUUGCUGACAAUGCCCAGUGCGGUCACCCUGGUGUAACCUGCACUCAGAAAGUGAUCGUGAAGAAUGACAAUGACUAUGUCAGACUUGAUGGUGGCCACCGUGUUGUUGUCAAUGGCAAUGACAUUACACAGUUCCCAUUUACUCUUGAUGGAAUAGUGGUGGACCGCCCAACAACUUUGCUGACAGUGGUUUCACUCGGUAAUGGCAUGGUGGUUCGUUGGGAUGGCAGGAAUCGUGUUGAGAUUGUCGCUCCACCAAGUAAGUUCAACAGGACCUGUGGCUUGUGUGGAACCUUCAACAAGAACCAAGCAGAUGACUUCAUGACCCCAAGUGGUGACCGAGUUGCCUCGGCUGUGGCUUUUGGAAAUAGUUGGAAGGCCGGCUAUGAAGGAGAAGCUUGCCCAGAUGUUCCUGGAGAACCCCCAGAUGUAUGUGAGCUGUACUCGCAGAAGAAAGAUAUUGCCUUUGAGCACUGUAACAAGUUACUCACUGAGCAUGUAUUCAAGCCUUGCCACCGAGUCUUAGACCCAGGACCAUACUUGGAGGACUGCAGAUAUGACGUCUGUAAUGGCAAUGAUGGUGAUGACCAUUGUCCUUUGUUUGCUCAGUAUGCCUCUGAUUGCCGACAGAAGGGUGUCAUAUUAGACAACUGGAGAAAGGCUAUACCGGAAUGUGAUGUCCCGUGUGAAGUUCCAGGCAUGUCCUAUUCAGAGUGUGGGCCCUCUUGUAAAACGUCUUGUGAGUCACUUCGUAUCUUUGCUGACAACGAUGACUGUGUGGAUGUUUGUGUCGAAGGAUGCCAUUGUGAUAAUGGCACGGUGCUUGAUCACCGUGGCAACUGUAUCCCUGGCCACCAGUGUCCAUGCUAUGAUGAGUUUAAGUGGUAUGAUAGUGGUGAAACUAUUGAGAGGGACUGUGCAACAUGCAUUUGUCAAGAAGGUAAGUGGCAAUGUGACGAUACCACUUGCCCAAGCAUAACCUGUCCAGACAACCAAUUCUACAGUGAGUGCACUGUUCCACCAGAAUGCCGACGUACUUGUGCCAACUACCACAAUCCACCUGUGUGUGAAGGGCCAUGCUUACCAGGAUGUGAGUGCUCGCCUGAUUACACGCUUCAUAACGGAGAAUGUAUACCUGUCUCUGAAUGCCAGUGUACAUACAAAGGAGAUGUGUAUGAGCCCGGCCAAGUCAAGCGUGUUGGAUGCCAUGUUUGUACUUGCAAGAAUGCCAAAGUGACAUGUAGGAAUGAAUAUUGUGAAGGGACAUGUAUUGCAUGGGGUGAUCCACACUACCAGACGUUUGAUGCUAAGAGAUAUGACUUCCAAGGGGAAUGUGACUAUGUCCUGGUCACCAAUAGCCACUUCCCAGAUGUCAAGCAAUUCCACAUCAUUGUUGGUAAUGUGCCCUGUGGAUCAGGAGGAGUCACCUGCACCAAGGCCAUCACCAUGGCAAUAGGAAGUGGUGCUGAGCAGGAGAAAGUCAUGCUUGUCCGUGGGAAACCAAUCGAAGUGGAUACCGGUGUCGGUGAUCUGAGUGAAUUCAUUAUUACCGAAGCAGGCCUUUAUAUCUUUGUCCACACCACCAUUGGUGUCACAUUGAUGUGGGAUCGAGCUACCAGAUUAGAAGUCAAAGUAACACCGGAACAUUUUAACAGAGUUGCUGGUCUUUGUGGAAACUACAAUGAUGUCCAAGAGGAUGACUUCCUGCCUCCUGGGGGCGGUAUUCCUCUCAUUGAUCCCAUAGAAUUUGGAAACAGCUGGAAGUUGCAUGAUUAUUGUGGCAAGCCACCUCCAAUUACUGACCCCUGCGUGACAAACCCCCACCGCAAGACCUGGGCUCAGAAGACAUGUGGCAUCAUCAACUCAGCCGUCUUUGAGCCGUGUCACGAGUUCGUACCCCCAGCUGAAUACUUCCAUAACUGUGUCUUUGAUUCUUGUGCCUGUGACUCUGGUGGAGAUUGUGAAUGCAUGUGUACAGCGAUCGCAACUUAUGCACAGAUGUGUAACCAGCAAGGAAUACCAAUCAAAUGGCGGACUCAGGACCUCUGUCCUAUCCAGUGUGAAGGAUGCCUGACCUAUGAGCCUUGUAUUCCAGUCUGUGAAUCUUCAUGUGAGAACCAACAAUUCAUUCUCCCUGAUGAUCUUUGCAUGGAUACUUGUGUGGAAGGCUGUGCUUGCCCACCAGGUACCAUCUUUCACAAUGAUGAGUGUGUAGAGGAAUGCCCGCCACCACCUACCGAGCAACCUCCAACCACCAAAGCAUCAACUACAGUUGCAUCAACCACCACUGUUGCAUCAACAACUACGGAAGCAUCAACAACUACGGAAGCAUCAACAACUACAGAGUCGACAACUAAAGCAUCGACAACUGUUGAAGUACCAUCAACUACCAUUGCAUCAACAACUACCAAAGCAUCAACAACUAUGGAAGCAUCAACAACUGCAGAGUCGACAACUAAAUCGUCGACAACUGUUGAAGUACCAUCAACUACCAUUGCAUCAACAACUACUGAAGCAUCAACAACCACUGUUGCAUCAACAACCACUGUUGCAUCAACAACCACCAAAGAAUCAACAACACCUCCACCACCACAGCCAACUACUUCACCAGGAAUAUGUGAGUGUUGGGGUUAUGGUGACCCUCAUUACUUUGACUUCAAUGGUAUUGAGUUUGACGACCAAGGCCUCUGCACUUACAUCUUGGCCAAAGACAUUCAGGAUCCACCAAGAUUUGUCGUCCUCAUACACAACAUCGAGUGUGGUCUGUUCCCUGGAACCACCUGUCCUAGGGAAAUCGAGAUCUUGUAUGAUGGACACCGAAUCAGAAUGUUGGCAGAGAGGAAUGAUCAAGGGGAGUACCAGGUCAUCAUUGAUGGCACCACCUACGUCCCACCUGUUGAGUCAUAUGAUUCCUUCACAAUCAUCGAAUCUGGACUGUACAUGCUUUUUGACGCCCCCAGUAUCAGCUUGCAAGUCCGCUACUUACCUGUUGACCUUCAUUACUUCAAGGUGGAGAUCCCACAGCUCAUUUACUAUAACAGCACAGAGGGUCUUUGUGGAAACUGCGGCAAUCCUCUACCCACUUGUGAGGAGACAGGCACUUGCUGUGAUUGGCUAGCUCCACCAUCAGUACCCUCUGAAUGUGGCUGCGAUGUUGAACCCACAGAAUGUAUUCCAGGCCCUGAUAUUAUUGACUGGUGUGACAAACUGUAUGAGGACAUUUUCAGUGAAUGCCAUGAUGUAGUUGAUCCAGGUGACUUCUACAAGAACUGUCUCUACAACAAUUGCUAUGGCAAACAGCCAACGUGCUGGGACUUUGAGGCUUACGUUGCCGAGUGCUCAGCAAUGGGUAUCUGCAUCGACUGGCGUGAAGAUGACUUCUGUCCAUACACCUGUGAGAGUGAUGAGAUGCACUUCCGGGAGUGCGCUUGCCCAGAUGAUAUCUACACCAGCUGCUAUCCCUGGGAUAAGGAACCAAACGAGUGCGACAUGGAACCAGUAUCUGGUUGCUUUUGUAAUGAGGGAUCCAUGGACAACGGCAACGGAACCUGUAUACCCUGUCCCACAAUUCUUCCCACUACCCGUGCAAGGACUACUGUUAUUUCCACCACUGAACCUGUGGAAUCUACCACUCCUAAGGUUUCCACUUUACCACCACCAAAGCCAACGACACAAGAGUCCACCCCUCCAGAGUCCACAACNGUUGAGUCCACCCCUCCAGAAUCCACAACUGUUGAGUCCACACCCCCAGAAUCCACAACAGUUGAGUCCACACCACCUGCUUCUACUACCAUGGAGUCAACUCUUCCAGAAUCCACAACUGUAGAAUCAACCCCUCCAGAAUCUACAACAGCCGAACCAACUACAGUGGAAUCAACAGAGCCACCCACAACAGUUGUUACAACUAUUGAGUCCACAACAGCUGAGAGCACCACUGAACAGUCAACGGUUGUGGAAUCAACCACUAACAUUCCAUCAACUACUCCAGAUGUUGUUGAAAGCACUACUGUGGAAGUACCCAGCACCACUGAAUGUGUUCCAGGCUACCAAAAAGUCUGCAAAUGGAGUUCUUACCUGGAUGGCGAAGAAGGCCAGCCUAAUGACUUACCCUAUGAGUUUGAGUUCAUUGCUGACUUCUUGAAUGACGAACGGUAUGAGGGAGUCUGUGCUGAACCAGAUGAUAUUGAGUGUGUCCUAGCUCGUGACCACAGCGUCCCAGCUGACAUGACAAUUCAAGAUGUGCAGUGCAGCACAGACCUUGGCCUGGCUUGCUAUGAUGAUGAAAACCAAAAAUGUCUGGAUUAUGCCAUCCGGGUUCAGUGCUGUGAGGAGAAAUACACCAUCUGUGGAUCAACAGAAGCCCCUCCACCAACAACAGCUGAACCACCAGAAUCCACCACUGUCAUUGAGACAACCCCUGGAUGGCCAUCCACAACUCUUGCUGAAUCAACCACAGUUGAGUCAACUCCUCCUCCGAGCACAACGACAGAAUCCACUACUGAAGAACCACAGACUACAGUUUGUGUACCUCAUCAUGAGUUAGACUGUGAGUGGUCACCCUACUAUGAUGACAGUGACAGUCCCCAUGGUGACUUUGAGGUCCUUGGAGAUCUCUUAGAAGCCCACCCAGGAGAAAUUUGCGAGAAUCCAAGGGACAUCGAAUGUGUGCUGAGCUCAGACCACAGUGUUAGUGCCCAUCAGACGGGUCAGAACUUUACCUGCCUGCCCCAUGUAGGUUUCCUCUGUUUAGACUUUGCCAAUAACAACCGUCAGCCCUUCAAGUGUUAUGACUACAGCGUCCGCUUCCAGUGCUGUGAGAGUACCUACGUUCCAUGUGGUACCACUGAAGAGGCCCCGACAACUGAGCCUGUUGUUCCAACCACGGAACCCAAACUCACCACUGAAUCAGCACCCACCACUGAGGAUUCUACCACUGAAUGUGUAGAUGUGGUGGAGAAACAUUGUAAGUGGACACCUUGGUUGGAUGAUGAGGAGGAUAAGGUUGGGUCUCUUGGGGAGUUUGAGCUCAUCUCCACCUAUCGGGAAGAAUACGACAUCUGUGACUCACCUUCCAUGAUUGAAUGCGUGCUGAAGUCACAACCUGAUGUUCACUCAAACGAAACAAAGCAGGUGGUAACCUGUAAUACUGAUGAAGGCUUAGUGUGUCUUCACUCUGAGCAGACCGAAUUUCCUCCGUUCUGCUUCGACUACAUGAUCCGUGUUGAGUGUUGCCAGGAUAUAGUUGUCCCGUGCAAUCCGCACAGCACGGCCUUUCCGACAACUAAACCGGUAUCCACUACAAAAGCUGAGUCAACAACAAGACCGGUGUCCACCACUUCCAUGCCCAAACCCACAACAGAAGGACCAGAACCAACAACUGAGGAAGUCCCAACUACAAAACUGGCGCGCACCACUCAACCAUCAACGACUGCUGAACAAGAGUCUACCACACAACCUGAAUCAACCAUUCCUGUGGAAUCCACUACACAACCUGAAUCAACCAUUCCUGUGGAAUCCACUACACAACCUGAAUCAACCAUUCCUGUGGAAUCUACUACACAACCUGAAUCAACCAUUCCUUUGGAAUCCACUACACAACCUGAAUCCACUGUUCCAGUGGAGCCCACAACAAAGCUAACCACUGUGGAAUCCACUCCUCCACCUGAAUCCACCACACCUUGCAAGCCGAUUUAUGAAAAAGUCUGUGAGUGGACACCCUGGAUGGAUGACGAUGAAGGAAAAGUUGGCCCCAUCGGAGAGUUUGAGCUUGUCUCUACUUUCCGUGAAAUGUACGACUUCUGCCAAGAUCCAAGCCAGAUAGAGUGCACCCUCAAGUCCGACCACAAUGUCUUUGUCAAUAUGACCAAGCAGAAUCUGCUGUGCAACCCUGUGCAGGGCUUGAUCUGUUUCCAUAACGACCAGCCACAGAUUCCUCGUUGCUUUGACUACUCCAUCCGUUUACUGUGCUGCAGCUACAAGAACAUUGGAUGUGGAACUUCACCACAGCCUCCUGUCACUACAGUCGCCCCCACAACUGAGAGUGUUCCGACAUCAACUGCACCACCCCACCAUAAUGAGGUCUGCCAGCCCUACAUGUCAUCCAGACCCACCCCAAUCAUCAAAGAUGGCUGCUCUACUGCAACCCCCGUCUUCCUUCCUCAAUGCCAAGGCCGCUGUGAGUCUCACACCAUCUUCAAUGGCUUUGAGGCCAAUGGUAAUGAGUUCUGGAAAAGUACCUGCCGUUGCUGUCGCCCUAGUUCCUUUGAGACAGACUACUUUGAGCUAGUCUGCCAAGAUGGUGAGGUCAUGACACUGCCUGUGGAGAUUGUAACAGAUUGCUCCUGUAAGGAGUUUGAAUGUCAUUAAAAUGACAUACGGUAACAUAAAAACAUUGUGUUGAACAGAAGUAUCUCUUAGAAUAACGUACCAAGCCUAUAUGGCCCUACAAAUAGGUCUUUGAUAUCAAAGCUAAGAGCCAAAUUGGACACCUUGAAGUACCCACAAUUAUUCAUUCAAAGCAAGGAUAGAUUUCUGCAGCAGGAUGAGUACUGAGGCAAAAGGUGUGUAGAGAUAUCCAUCCAAACACAUGUGACCCACUAAACUGCAGGAAAAGGUCAUAGAAGUCCAUUUAAGUGCAAUGACCCUCUCAAACUGGAAAGGUUGAAAUAUCUUCUGGAAUUUCAAUUUCUUACUUGUCAAAAAACAUUGUUGAUCACUAAAAUUUCAGGUUUUUUUUUUUUUUUUUUUUUACUAAGCAUUAGGCGGGGUCCGAUUGGUUGCAAGAAAAGAAAGAUUUAAGAGGAGUCUUUCAAGCCUAAGUCUCUUUUAAACUCAUUUUUUUCUGUGUUGUGUGUAAUUUAACUCGUUAGAACCGUUUGAUGUGAAAACAAUUGUAUCUCUGGAACUGAAUUGGCCACUGAGCUCUGACUUAUGCCGAAUGAAAGCUUACUGUCUAAGAUUCAUUUGGUAUAAACUUAAAAGCCAUACAUUUUAUUUUCAUUUUUGCAAUAUAAUGUACCUUUUCUUAGAGCGGGUCACAUAUUCAUUCCAUUGUGCUAACUCCUUCGUCAGCAAGACGUUCAAUAUGACCCUUUGCCAAGUUUACGAAGACUUUAAAGCACUAGUCAUCAUGACAAAAGGUGUUAUGGUUUAUUUCAAGUGUGAUGAUUUCCUUUUAUUUUAAUUGAACUUGGCAGCUUUUGAUUUUAAGUUUUGUAGAACAGCACUUGAAUUUUCUAUAUAUUUUAAUUAGAUAUUUUUGUAAAACGGUAGACAGGCAAAUAUAAGUUGCAAAGUUUUACAAUUUUCUUUAGGCCUUUUUAUCUUUUUUCGAAUGCCAACUGAAGUUUCUUGAGUUUGAUUUUUGCAGAUUUAGAAUGUCCAACAAUGAAACAGAAUCUUAUCAGAUAAGCCCUUGAGCCUUAGCACAGUUUCAUUUGUUAAAGAGGUAAAUUUCGAAGGGAAGCUAACAUUUUCCUAUCAUUUCAGCUUUGUUUUUCAAGGUUUCUACUCCCCAAAAUUUGUUGGUGGAAACAUCACCUUUUUUAAGCUGUUUUAAUUUUACUUCACCGAUAUUCUGCCUUAGUUCUUUCAGAAAAUAUUAUUGUUCCUGCAGUUGUAGAAAUUUGGCCUGCAAAGACUAGAAAAUGUAGAGGUCCUCUUUUGUAAGUCAAACAUUCCAAGUGUUAAGCUGUACACAAAUCUUUGCAAAAUUUUGAAAUCUUGAAAUUUUUAGAAUCUCAAGUAAUGUGCCCUUUAUUUUCUAUCACCAAUUGGAAUUAUGCAGCAUUUUAUAUCCAUGGAAAGAUUCUUAGUCUUCAGGGAAAAAAAGCUGAAGUCAUCAGAAUGUGAACUUUCACCCAAAAAGUUUUCAUAGUUGCAGUAAUAAUUAACAAUUUUGAACUAAAAGCUGGAAUUAGUUUUGUUGCAUACAGAUGUGGUUAAACUUUAGGUACAGUCCCUCAUUUGUCAUUUUAGUAUUAUAUUCCUUUGAAGCAACAAAAUUACUCAAAAUCUAGAGAAGGGUGCCUAAGAACAAACCUGAUGAAGUAUAAGCUCAAUGACGACUGU